AUACGGCAAAAAUGUUUCGGAAUUUGAAUUUAAAAUUAACAACAAGCUCACUAGCCAUUGGAAUUUGGCUUUUCUGGGCUGUUAAUCCCGUUUCCAGCGACUUGAAUUGGGUUGACAUAAACGCUUAUAAAGAUGGCAAAGAUACUAUUUAAAACCCUUGGCAUCUAUGAAGCUCCCCCCAAGAGCGAGGCUCAGCGCAAGGUCUUCCAUCGCCUCUGCAGCUUUAUCUUCCAGAACACCUGCACUUUCGUCCUGAUGGAGAUCAUGGGCGUGGACUAUCAGCAGUUCAACACCAGUCUCGUGCCGCUUUUCCGGGGCCAUACCCAAGCAGGAUCUUCCAUCAAGUCCAUGGAGCACUAUGGCCAGCAGAUCCACAGCGGAGGCUUCUUCAAAUUCGAUUACUACAAUAAAUUGGAGAAUUUGCGACGACAUGGCGCCGUGAAACCGCCACAGUACAACGUUUCCAGGGUGGACUGCAAGGUGGCCCUGUACUACGCUAAAAACGAUCGUCUUACCUCGGAUAUUGAUGUGGUGCGACUGCGGAACCAAUUGCCGAAUGUGAUCCUCGAUUACCUGAUACCCGACUGUAACGCCUGAUGCAUGGGCAAUAUAAAGAUACUUCCCUGGCGCCAUCUAGGGAGUAUCAGCGCAGUUCCAAUCUGGGUGCAGAGCGGAGCUAAGGGGGCGAAACUCACCUCUAACAGGGGCAUGUGUCAGCGAUCGGCUGCGACCCGAAGGAGGGUGAGAGCUAGGGAGAGGGAUCCCGCGCGAUUCGAGACGGAGUCCGCUUUCUUUUGGUUUUUGGCAGCUGAGCGAAUAAGUUCGACAUCAAAAAAAUAAAAUUAAUAAAUAAAAGUUCGAAAAGUCACGCGAGUGGAAGCUGAUUUUUUUUCCUACGCGUUGCCGCUGCCCAAAACCAGAAGAAGUUAAAAUAAAAGUCUUAGGAAGGAAAAGUGGUUUCCAGUUUUUAAGAUCCCCAACAAGCUCAGCGCUGAGUCCCCCAGGGGCCCGGCGCUUAAUAAAAGCCCAAUUUUUCCCCACCUUUUCGGCGAAGAAAGUGCGCUCAUUGGAUGGAAAAAAGUAGCGGAGCAUAAACCAACCGCCUAAAACUUAGCUACAGAUCCCAACAACACCGCCAACGCAGCAGCGCGCGAUAAAAGGGAAAGGAGGAGCCCCUCAGCCCCUUGCCCCCGAAUCUUCACCGUUGGUUUCUUUUCGUUGGGUCGGAGCAUAGCCAGCAUAGAAGCAGCAUAGGGAAGCAUAGAAGCAUAGAAAUUUGCAGCAACAACAAAAACUAGCGGGAUGAGCGGCGACUAGCGGCGAUUCUUUCUUAUUGGUUUUUAUCCCGCUCCGCGGUUCUGAAACAGUUACAUCGAAGCAACCGCCAGCGCAACUCAAAAAAAUUUGAUUCCGCGGAGCGCGCCUUCGGAAAUCCGGGGAAGAUUUUCCAAUGCCGCGAUCGGAGUUAUCGCAGCCAAAUUUUAGUGAUUAAAUAAAUUUAGUGGUAGUUAAAUUUUUUUUUUACAUUUUUUUUGUUAAUUACAAUAAAAAAAAAAAGAAAGAUGAAGUAGUGAGCUAGGGAAAAAGUGAUUAAAUGUGGUCGACAAUAAAUUUUCAUGUGUGUUAGGGCGAACCUUUGUCUUCCUGUUUCCCCCCCUUAGUUUCAGCUAGCUCGUCGAAAGCGCUUUCGCCGGUGGAUCUGCAACAAGGGUGAGUGAGUAAGAGUGGAGGAUUCUCCAAGAAGUAAAACGAAAAGCCGUAUUAAGCAUGUCGCCAAACACAUAAGAAAAUAAAGAAUAAACACAGAGAAUUAUACAAUUAAUGAAAUAUCGCAUCGAUCGGCAAGGCAAUCUGCCAAGGUUUUUUUGU